GUGUGAAUUUGUGAUCGAACAGCUAACAACAACGAUGUCGGCGUGUCGACUGUACGUCGUGUUAUUCCUAUGUUUUGGACUGACGGUUUUAUUCGUAAACGGUGGAGUACCGACAGACGAUAUCGUAUUUCCCGAAUCACUGAGUUCACGACAUCAACAUUCAUCGUGGAACUUUGAUAAUGAACGACCGCCACCCAGAAGAACUAUAAGACAAGGAAACCGUCGUCCAAGACCACCGAUGCCUAACGAGGAAGAUCCAUUUGCUGGGCUUGAACCCCAAGGUAACAACCGACCAUCUGGUGGAAACCAAGGCCAAUGGUCCAAUCAAAGACCUAACCAACAACCUGGUAAUCAAAACCAAUGGGGCACCAAUGGUAAUAAUCAGGGUCAAAACCUGCAAUGGGGUACUAACGGUAAUAAUCAGGGUCAAAACCAAUGGGGUACCAACGGUAAUAAUCAGGGUCAAAACCAAUGGGGUACCAAUGGUAAUAAUCAGGGUCAAAACCAAUGGGGUACCAACGGUAAUAACCAAGGACAAAGCAAUCAAGGUAACAGACCACCUACACAACCGAACACCAAUCAAGGUAACAGACCACCUACACAACCGACCACCAAUCAAAAUCCAGUGCAAACCAGCACGACUUCGUCCAACAGUGAAGAGGCAAGUGAAGAACAGAGAAACGCAUGUAAUGCGACCUGCAAAGAAAGGAUUACAAACGAAUACAAUCCCGUCUGUGGAAGUGAUUCUCAAACAUACCAAAACAGAAGAUUUUUGGAUUGUGUCGCCAACUGCGGUAUAAUCACCGAAUUCAGCUACAUCGGAACUUGCGUGACGACGACCCAACGCAUUACUCGCGCAUGAUGGAAUUUCAAAAUUUCGCGACUGCUUUUGAUAUGAAUAGAUAAACGAUUGAUUUUUAUAUAAAUAUGUAUUUUUUCACCGCCAAUAACACUGCACAAAUUAUUGUGUUUUAAUAUUAUAUUGUAUUUUAAGAUAAUUUAUGUAUGGUUGACGUAAUACAUUAAUAUUAUAUUAUUACAACUCAUAA